GACGGAACGCAAACCUCGAAUCCAGCAUUUCAACCAUGCGUCCCUUCUGCCAACGUGACCCAUUGCUGUCGUACGGGCGAGACCUGCUUGAAGAGCGGAUUAUGCCUGGCCAUGAACCAUACAUCCCUCAACUCAGGGUUAUGCACCGACAGCACGUGGCAGGACCAAGCCUGCUUCCUCCAAUGUGUCAACAGUUAUAGGGCCGGUCCAAGCACCGUAUAUAGGUGCAACAACAACAAUUGGUGCUGUGCAGACGGCGUCGCCAAUUCUACCUCGUGUUGCCAAGACAAGGGCGUCGGCCUAUUCCCUAUCCUUAAACAUGCGGCAGUUGAAAAUGGGUCGGCGUUUAUAAAAGGCUAC